AUGGAUUUCAAGGAGUUUGAAGUUGAUAUCGAGCGAGCCAUCGAGAACUCCGAGCUAUCAAAAUCAUGCACUAUUACAGAAACUUUGGACUGGGUCGAUUCAACGUGGUAUGCGCCUCAAAGUAGGAAUGCUCGCUGGAUGGACCUAAUCGGCGACUAUGCCAGUGCAGAACCUUUCGUCAUAGAUGGUACUCGUUUGACUUGUCAUUCUUUACUCCAAGUUGUGCUUGAUGAUUGUCUGCUCGCACUAGCGAAGGAUGACGAACACAUACUGCAGAACUUUCGAAAUCGAUCAGCGAACUUCGAUAUCGUUUUCAUUGAUGGCAACCGACACCUAGUAGUACUGCGAGCGGGCGAGUUGGAAUUUAUUGUUGCAUCUCGAGCCCUAGCUAGAAGACUCCUAUAUAAGCACCUCCAGUCGCUGGAUUCGGUGAAUACCUUCACCUUUACGAGUCUCUUCGACAAAAAGUGGCUCGAUUAUCGUGCUCGAGUGAAGGUAGAACUUCGUCUCACAAAAUGGCGUGGCUUGGCAAUGGCGCCGCUCCAGGGUGCUAAUUUCAAGGACACCAAGAUCUUAACUUUCGUUUUUGAAUCAAAGCUUCGCUCAAGCCAUGGAGGGCAUUUCCCCAAUGCUGUUUUAUCCGCGGGCGUCGCUGCCAGGAACAUUCUUACUAGUCAUGAACAAGGGCCAUUCGAUCAAGUCCGCAGCUGUGUUCUUGGUGAAGCAUCAGUAUCUCCAUCUGUCUUCGACCUCUGCGCGACCUUGAAGGAUGUUGGAUUGUCAUAUCUUUCAGCGUUCAAGAGCGACACUCAGCCGUUGCUACUUGCUGUUUUUAUCAUCCACGUCCUUCUUCUCAAGAAUGUCUCCGUCCAGGAUCGAGCGCGGCGCCUGCCGUCAAUGAAACCUGACCUUUUCACUUCAUUGACGAAAUCCUUCCUACCUCAUAUUCUUCGGGCGACAGAAGCAGUCAUUGUAGCAGACGAUGCAUCCCUCGACAUUGAUAUUCGUGUAUUCCUUUGUAUCUUGCGCUAUCUUUCCGAGCAUCCAGCUCAAUCGUUGACGGAGGUCCUGGGACCGACUGUGGUCAAAGAUGGAAUUCAUGGAUCGAAGUAUGGACAGUUAGUAACGCUUUGUUUCGGAGGUAGAACAGCCACUCAAUUAUUUAUUGCUCCUACCAGUGCGGGGAAGACCUUCAUCUCGUAUUACGCUAUGGAGAAGAUUCUCCGAGGGUCUGAUGACGGGAUACUCGUUUAUAUUGCACCGACAAAAGCUCUUGUCGCUCAGGCUGCAGCCGAGAUUUAUGCUAGGAAGGAUCUUAACGGUCAUGAGUACUCAUGGAGCUGCUGGGCCAUUCAUUCCCGUGACUACCGGGUCCACGAUCCACAGAACUGCCAAAUCCUUGUCACCGUCCCUGACAUCCUGGCGAUCAUGCUCUUAUCUCCUCCACUCGCCAAGAUGUGGACCCCCCGACUCAAAUAUGCACAUUCUCUCCCCUCCGAUCUUGCAUUGGAAGCAGUGGAUACAUUGCAUUUAUAUCAUGCUCUAAGCACGUGCAAAGCCCUCCAGCCCUCCAUUCUCGCUGCCCUCGAUCCUGCGGUAUUUUUUUCGUCUAGCAAACUGCUUCAGCAGAAGGAUGUAAUCCAAUACGAAGAGGCUCUAAAACGGCACCUCGUCCCGUUGUUGUCCUCCUUCGAUUCGCAAGACUCCGGGACGCCGUUGUCGCGCGUCAUUGUCCAGCUCCAAGAUGAUGAUUCAUCUCGUCUCCCAGACAGAAUGUUGAACUCUGCACCUAGUCGUGUUUUGCCGAUCUUCACGCACCAGGGGGACCUCCCCGGUAUAUUCUUCUCAUUCGAUCGAAGCAAUUGCAAAUAUAUGGCCAAAAUUUUGAACAGGGUGCUCGAGAUCAAGGAAGACAGAUGGCGCAAAACUAGUCCGGAAUGGAAACGCAAAAUGGCACAAUAUCAUGCAUACCUCCAGAGCGCAAAAGAGCGGGAACGCCAAGCUGCACGAGCAUCGAAACACAAGGCCGAUGAAGAGGAUAAGCGUGCUGACACGAGUGAAUGGCAAGCAUCCUUUAGACCUGAUGAUCCCGUAUCAGACUUCUCAUUCGCUGGUCAAGGUAUUUCGUACACUCCAUCGGAGCUUGAAGAGGAUAUCGCCGAUUUUGCGAGGCGGAAACUCUUUCUACCUGAAUGGGCAAUGAAAUGUUUAAGGCGGGGGAUUGCUGUUCACCAUGCUGGCACUCUUGCCUUAGGUAUCAAUGCCCCGACCAAAACUUCGAUUUUCUGCGGCGAUUCACCCUUCCUCACUGCACUCAUGUAUCGACAAUGUGCGGGACGCGCUGGACGGCGAGGAUAUGACACCCUCGGUAAAGUCGUUUUCUAUGCUCUUCCCAUGAGCAGGGUACAGAGACUGGUUUUCUCGAAACUGCCAUCCCUCUCUGCGAGUUUCCCUGUAACAUCGACUCUCGUUGUACGCCUGUUCAAUCUGCUGGAAGGUUCCGAUUACUCUACGACUGCUGUCGCUGCUGUGCAACGGCUCUUCCGCCUCCCACGAAUCGGUUUUGGCUCUGAGGAAGGAAGAUACCAACUUUUGCACCAUAUAGGUUUCUCGAUCGUCUACUUGCGUCGUGCUCAUCUGCUCGACGAGCAAGGAAAGCCACUCGAUCUUUUUGGAAUAGCUGCAUACCCGCGAUGCAUGUCUGACUGGACUGGGGAUUUGUCUAUCGCUGAAGAGCUCCUCACCCAAGAUAUCCACACCAAUGCCAACGACUUUACUUCAUAUGCCAAUCGUUCGUUCAUUAUGGCUCUGAAGCACAACUUGGACCACGCCCUUGAGGAUGCAUCAAGGUCAUCAUUGACUGGCUUCAUCUCGAAAGGCAUCGCCCUCUGCGGAAAAGGUCACGUCCGAGAAGCAAGGGUGGGAUUUGACGUUGCAUCUAUGUUCACGAACCAAGAUUCAGCAGGGUCACCAAUGACUUCAACCGUGUCAUACCAUGUAGAGGAGGCGUGCAACAUCCUGCGCAGUCUCAUUCCUAACUCUUUGACUGCAACGGAUCAGAAGACGAUGCAACCACCUGCCCAUGGGAAGAAGGAAACUGUCUAUGAAAAAGACGACAAGAGCUGCAAGCGUGACACCACGUCCGCGUAA